AUGGAUGGUCUUAUUCUGAGGCCUUACACUGCCAUUGGCCUCUUCCGGAGAAGCCAGACCCUCUUUGCUUCGCCCAACCGGCUCCCAGGCGCGCCCGGAAGUCUAGUCCGAAUAGGCGCAGUUGCCAUGGCACCAAAGAUGCUCCCCAAGCAUCCUCAUUCCCCCGAGGAAAAACGGGCCGGGGCAGAGGCCUCCCUCCACAGUAGUCUGGCAGGAGCGCCCCUUCCUGGAUUCACCAGUACUCCUACCCAUCUCUUCUCCAAGAGGUUAAUCAAGGAUUGCUCCUCUUCCCCAUCCCGCCCACCCCCGCGUUUCCAUACGGUUUGUUCACAGGCCCCUCCUAGGCCGGGGGUGAAUGCUCACUUACACUGA